AUGGUGGGCCAAUUCGUCAAACUGAAAUGGUUAAAAGACACAUUUGCUCAUGUUCCGAAUAAUGCAGCAGCUGAGCAAGUACAACAACAUUGUAGAGCGUACCUAUUACGCUUGAUUGGGGGUUUGGUAAUCCUUGACAAAUCUUGCAAUAGAGUUCAUUUGAUGUAUCUUCCCAUGUUGAAAUAUAUUCAACGUGUUCGACUAUAUAGUUGGGGUUCAGCGUGUUUGGCAAACUUUUAUAGACAAAUGUGUCGUGCAACCGCACCGUCUUAUGCAUGUAUGGGUGGAUGUACAUUGCUCCUUCAAUCUUGGGUAUGGUAUCGCAUGCCGUUCAUUUCCCCUCAUUGCACUAGAGAGAUAUCAUUUCCACUAGCAAAACGAUGGAUUAGCAGGGGACUAAUCCAUUUUGGAACUCCAUACGGGGAUCUUGUCAGUUAUAGAUCAAACAUUGAUCACAUGCAACAUUAUCAGUUCAUAUGGAUGCAUUAUAGGGGUCUUGAAAAUGUCAUACCACAACAAGCAUAUCAGGAUUCAAUGAUAUGGACUGCCAAAACUGCAUUGAUUUGUUUCUCAACUGUUGAAUGGCAUCAAAUAGAUAGAGUCAAAUUGCAAUUUGGACUUUUGCAGGAAAUACCAGAUGAACCUGAAAAUAUUGAUACACUUCACUAUCAGGAUAUGAGAGGGAAUCAUCUGGAAAAUUGGAAAGACAAACAUGCUGCAUGA